UUCACUGAAAGGUAGAUGAACUUAGGCUUGCUUUUGCCGUCUCGACUUUUAAUUUGUUGCUCCCUCUCUACCAGGAGAAUGUAUGCAGCCGUAGCGCUUUCCGUCUUCAUGUGCCUGACUGCCACCACCAACGCAGAUCCCCAUCAUCCCUGCCAUGCACCGAACAUGACAGGUUUCAUGAGUGUGAUGUCCUUGAAAGGCGACACAAAAGCUUUCGGUGCAUUUACAUAUGAUUCGAUGGGCAAGAAGCUACGGUUCAGAUCCAACGAGAGCCACCCUGCCAACACAUCCAUGGGUUUGGAUCUGCUGAUGUUAUUUAACGACGGGAUAUUCUAUGAGAUCGACAGCAGAAACCAGAGCUGUGAGAAAAAAUCCUUGCAAUGCACCCAGCACCCUCUGGACAUCCCUGAUGAUGCAACUUUUAAGGGUGUAAAAAACACAGGGAGUCCAUCAAUUAAAGGGGAGGGGUUAAAAACCAAUGAAUGGGCAGGAUCAAUGCCAGACAUGAAAGGCUGCUACUCCAUGUCUGUAACCAUGGGAUGUCUGCCUGUGUGCACAAUGUACUUCCAUGACACCUAUUCAUUCAUGGUCAGCAUCACAGAGGUUGAAAUCCAGAUCAAGGAUCCUGAUCUUCUCUUGGUGCCCUCCUAUUGUGUGGCGCAGCCUUUGGAGGAGACACCUGAAGGGACAGUCAACAGCUUCCUCAACGAGUUCAUGUGAAUGAAACCCGGCCGGGCAGAAGAUCACCAAACACCUAUACGAGUGUGGCCUGCCAGAAGUUUAGACUUUUCUCUGCUUUUCAUGUAUGACUUGAGCUUUUUAUGUAACAAUGCACUACAUCACAGCUGUUUCCAUCAAAUCCUCCCUCUCCAUUAUGAAGAUGUGGUUUUAAAUGGAUCAUUCUGUAUACAUACACUUGAUGUAAAGGAAAGAGAUAUGU